CGUCAUAAUGUUCUUGAAGAAACUAAUAGUGGCUGUGCUCCUGCUCAACGUUGUGGUCCAUUCGUGGGCAGCCACUGUGACCACUCGCCAGAUACAGCCGCGGGAAACGAACUCUUGCGAGGGCCGCCAGAGUCCGGGACCCAUUUGUGAGUCCUGCGAACUGCUGGCCACCUGCGUACGGCACUCCAACGGGUGGGUGAACAUACCCGUGGAGUCCUGUGACGUGGCCAAUGGGUAUUAUUGCAACGCCCGUUUGGGUACCUGUACCAACGAGACGGGGCCAUGCCAUCCGUUUGGCAUCGAGGGCAACUUCCAGUGUACCUCGCAGGGCAUCUUUCCGGAUCCGUACGAUUGCCAAAAGUAUCACAUGUGUUACUUUGUGGGCGCCACUCUGGUGGCCGCCGCCGUCGAUUGUGGCAAUGACAAGGCCUUUGAUGCCAGCACUGGCCAGUGCACUCUGACCCUCAGCGAUCCCGUGUGCCUGCAGCGACAGUAUUACUGCCCCCAAGCAGGCUACGUGGCGCCUUGGCCCACCAAUAGCAACAUCUUCUAUGUGUGCAAGUCGACGGUUAACCAGAACCUGAACGACACCAUUGUCAUCUAUCCCUCACUGCACCGCUGCAAUGACGGUGAGAUAUUUGUGGAUUAUGUGUGUCGUGCCAACUCCAAUGGCCUGCCGCCAUCUAGCCCCACAGAUGACCCGUCGGUGGUUGUGGUGGAUCCCAAUGACGAUGCAUUCUCCGUGAUGCCAAGCACCUGUCAGCACGUGGGACUGAUCGCCGAUGGCAGCGAUUGCCGGAAGUACUACUAUUGCUCCGCUUUAAAUGGGAGCCUGCGUCACAUGGACUGUCCGCAGGGCACUUACUAUCGCCCGGAGCUCUCCUCCUGCGUCCUGGGCGACUGCUGAGCUCAAGUGAUGUUUUGAUUUUUAAAUAUAAAUGAGUUGUUG